AUGAAAUGCACCAAGUACAUAUAUCUUUAUAAGGACAAAGUAAAUAUAAUUUUUGUUUUUUUUUAUCUUUCAGGAAACUUUGAAGCCUUAGAAGACUUGAAACAACAACUAAAUAAAGAAAAAAAACUACUAAUUGUAUCCGAACGUCUAGCAACAAAAAAUUAUGGAACAAACUCACGCUAUUCGUGCAAGCAGAAGUUUUGCAUUUUUUGCAAAACUCUCAAAACUAAUUUAGCACGUCAUUUUGAAAUUUGUCACUCAGAAGAGGCAGAAGUAAGAAAAUUCUUAAGUUUCAAUAAAGGUAGUCCUGAACGUUGCGAAAUUAUAGCAAAUCUACGAAAAAGUGGCAAUUAUAAUUACAACAAGAGCAAUAAAGAGAAUCCCAUUCUUAUCAGACGAGUGCAAAAAGGUUCACUAGACUCUUUACCAUGCCCUAAUUGCAAAGGGUUUUAUUCACAGAUAACACUAUCUCGUCAUUAUGCCUACUGCUGCAAAGAUCUGAAAGAUAAAAAUGCUAGUAGAUCUGUUUUAAGAGCUGCUCGUGCCAUGGUUAGUAAAAUUCAUCCGGCGGCAUGUUUGCAACUAAAAGAGAAAAUUUUGCCGCCAAUGAAACAGAAUAUAAUAUUGGAUACUGUCAAAAAAGAUAUGCUGUUAAUUUUGAUUGGCAAUUAUUUAGUCCCCAAAUAUAGAGAACACCAGGAGUAUAUGAUACGGAACAAAUUGAGGUUUCUAGCGACAUAUUUUUUAACUGUGAAAAAAAUUGAUAAUAGCAUUGACGAAUUUCAUAAGUUGUUCUACCCUCAACAUUUUGAUUUGGCACUUGAAGCAGUAAAACAGAUGGGAGAAAUUGAUAAUAAUUCAUCAGUGUACAGUAAAUCAACAUCCGCAUUGACCAUAACACAUUAUCUAAAAAUUUGUUGUAAUAUUUUGCAAAGUCAUUAUAUUCGAGGAGGAGACGAUGGAAACGAAAAAGCUGUUAAAAGAUUUUUUAAACUCCUGAAAACAGAAGUUCCUGGUAAAAUAAAUAAACCAGCCCAUAGAGAUCUAAAACGAGCUGGUGAAGCCCAAAGAAUACUUGUGGAGGAUUUUCGAAAUAUACAGACUUUGCGUGAUACAGUACUCCCAGAACUGCUCAACAAUUUAGGUGACAAUAGAAUAAAGAAGUUGAUUGCACAUACAAAUUAA